ACGCUUGUAAAAUAUUUCCCCGUUGAAUUUUUCGAAUUCUUUCUUAUUCUCUUGUCGCUCUUGGUCAGUUUGCGUUGAAUUAUUUUUUGCAACGGGAUUCUCCAAGGAAACUAUUUUUUUCAGCUACCCCUCAUGCUCCUCGUGACAAAUUGUUACGCUACGCUUGUUAGUACGCUUGACGAAAAUGUUUGCCGUUGAAUUUUUCGAAUUCUUCCUCGUUCUCUUGUCGCCUGAACGCCACCUUUGUCGACCUUGCGUAGUCACGGGAGAGCGGAUGCAAGUAUUGAUCUAGGAUUACGUAGCGCUCGAAAUUCUAAGGACCUUGUCGCGGAAAACACGACACGUGCGCGCGCGAGAAGGAAUCGAGACAAAUUGUCGGCAUAAUCGGUACACGUGCCAGCCUGAUAUUUGAAAUGUCGUCUCGCGUAGACGACGUUGGCCGUACGACACCCCACGGAGCGCGUUUAUACGCGGAACGUGUACGCGUGCACACGCGUUGACCUGCUACGAGCUCAAUGAAACGCGGCAAUUUAAAUGGGAUGGAAAUCAUGGGAGAAGGGAAUAAGGAAAGCUCUGUAGCUGUUGAAGCGCUUUAUGAAACAAAGCGGCUCGUACGUACGCGAGUACCGGUCUUAUUUUACUUCCGCGAGCAGUCGCUCACGAGUGACAUUGAAUAAACGAUCGCGUAUGCAUCUAUAAUCUGCGUCAAGAUAGAUUUGCGUUUCCCGCAAAGUGGAGUUUUGUAACUCGCGUGCCGAAUUUUACGACGCGUCCCAGCGAAGGAGCGACAUUUGCGGUCGCCGAAUUGCUGAUUAAAUCACGCUUUCAACCAGUUCGAGCUGGUCGAUUCCCACACGCCACACGGACACGCAUUCAGCGUGUGGCAAGCCAUCGUUUUUUUCAUGAAUUCACUUGGCAUCACGUGCUCGCGUCUAUAAAUCGCCUUUUGCACGCGCGCGACGGCCUACGCGCGAUGUGUUUGCGGUGCUGGUUAAACUUUUGCGGCUAACACCGCGCCUCAGUCGGCUCAUGUGACCGGCAAUUUGUAUCGGUAUACAAAUUGCGAUUUGCACAGACGGCAGGAUACGUCAUCGCGCGAGAUCCCAGAAAGGCAGACGGAUGUAAUUAUUGUACACGGCGAAUGGCAAAUAAAUCGUGAUCACGUGCCGAUUUCCGUAAGACCAGGAGAUUCUCGUGAAAAACUGCGAUCGGACCCUAAUUCUGGCGGAAAUGUUCCGUUUUUAUUUUAAUUAUCGCUGGAAUCGCUCAUCUUCCCUUUCCUCCUACUGGAGCAACAAAGUGCGUCAUUUUAUCGCAAAGAAGUCUCGGGAUUGCGUCUCUCGGGUACGCGCAAUUCUUCCUCCUGAUGAAGUUUUCGUCAAAGGGCAAAAGCAUGGCAGUUUCGUUAAAAGAUCGGGAGGGAGUUCAGCGGUUGGAAGGUUUCCACUGACGCCGUUGCUAGGUUGCGCCAUGCAUCCCAUGCACGGGAAAGAUAGAGAGAGAAAAAGAGAGAGUAAAAGAGCGAGAAAAUCGCGGCGGAAAGAGAGGGACAAUUGCCAUUGCGUUUCGGCCAGUCUCGGCGGCCGGUCGCGCGGUGAUCGGGCGCGUUCGGUCGAGGUGGUGGUUUGAUUCGGCGGCACGGCGGGCAACGCGCUCACUUCAGUCCGCUACGGUGCGUCGCGCGGUGCGAACGGAGGGGUGUGCGUUUCCACGAGAGUACGUGCGCGCGCGCGGGGGGGGAACGCGGUGUAUUGCGGCUUCGCUGCAGUGUGAAGGGCGCGCACAGGCAGCGAUAGGUAAACGCAGUUUCACGCGCUCGAAAGGGAGAAAUAAUUUUCUCUCUUGUCCCGGGUACGCACGGCCGUGUGUGACAUGCGGCCGGCAGUCACGAGCCAUUGUUCGCGCCGAUUGACACUCGGGGCAACGGCCAGCCGCGGCGACUCCCCGCAACCACACCGAGCGAGCAAGCGUGCCGCGAAUCCAGCCUGAAGUUACCUGCGAAUCGGCCGAGAGGAGACGGAGUCACCCAGAGCGGCAAAUUGGCUGCGCGUCGCGCCGAACCAGGAUAUUUUUACGGUCUGUGAGAAUGGAACACGGAGAGUGAAGGGUAUAGCUGCGAUCCAAGCCAUGUCACGUCUCUGUCUCGUCCAAGUCAUCGCAGGCUGAUUUUCGCACAUCUGGCUCGUGUAUAUAUAUCAUUUAUGAAUGGAUGGAGCUGCGACGGGAAUCAUUGGAGGAGGGCCGGUUGCGAGUCUGGGAAGUUUGGAAAGAUGGUGGAACAACCCAGGAAUCGCAAUCUGGAUCUUCGUACUCUUUGGCAGCUUUCUUCUCAACGCCACUCUUUUGCUCGCGUUUCUCAUACGACCAGGAUUACGCACCAUCUCCAACAGAUUCGUGAUGAAUCUAACUGCCUCGAAUUUGCUGACGUGCGCGGUGCUGAACCCGUUGCUGAUGAUGGACGGUCCCGUAUACGCAGCAGGGAAGACGAUGACGACGUCCACGUCGGCGCCGGACGAUGCCACAUCGUCGGCUUUCGGCUCGACGUCGACGUCCACUUUGUCUGCAGGCGGCAAUAUUUGCGCCAUAUCGGAAGGCGCUACUGCCCUCGUCACCACGUCAUCGGUGCUGUCGGUUUUGCUGAUCGCCAUUGACCAAUACUUUGCCGUGGUGGAUCCGUUGCGCUAUCGAGCACGGGUGGACAAACUCAAAUCAGGCGUGUUGAUCGCCUCCGUAUGGCUAGUCUCGGCGGUAUUUGGCCUGAUCGCCGCUUUGAACCCGAACCCGCGCAGCCUGUGGUUAUCAUGCACGACGACAACCUUGCUGGACAACUCGUCCGUUCGCGAGUACGUUGCGUUGAACGUGUCUUCGACGAUGGAGUCACCCAUCGACUCCGUGUUCGCGUUCUUCGGCAAUGAGACGUAUGCGGAAGAGGAUGAAGAGAUCGAAGACGCGACGUCGACGUUGCUCGAGACAAUAGAGUCAAUCAAAGUAGAUAGCAGCCUCGGUCUCCUCGAGAACGAUACCGUGAUACUCUCCAAUCUGACUAGCGAGUCCAUCACCUACGGGCUAAUCUACGUGGUCGUGCACAGCGUGUUCGCGUAUCUGCUACCGUUUGCCGGAAUCUGUUGGAUCUACAUCAGUAUUUAUUCGGCGGCGCACCGGAAUUCUGAGAGGACUCGCAGGACCGGCUCGCGACCGAUUCUCGCAUCGGCCAGCUUCUGUGAUGAUCCCUACGGCGCUACGAGGCCGCAACAUCAGACCGCUGACGCAUUUCCCGAAGAGUUCCGCAGAAUACCCAAAAUCUCGAGUCUCUCGUCGAUCGAUGAGACCAGCGAGACCGCGCACUCGGCUAAUCAGAUAUCACGCCGCAGGUCCUUCUCGUCGUCCUCGGACGCCGUUCAAUCGGGACCGAGUGACGAGAAUACCUCGUCGGGAGUCGUGUUCACGGUGGGCCUGCAACCGGUAAAGAUCUCAUCUUCGCGCGAACAAGAUGGUGAUGGUGAUUUAACGGAAGCGGCCGGUCUGCAGACAGAUUAUCUCGAGGAUGAUCGCGGUGUUUCAUUCUACAGUGACAUCGUCAGGAAUGAAGACGCAGAAGCGAACCGGAGACGUAGAUUGUCGCGCGACUCGACGGAUGAGGCCAGAGAAUCCUCCGGAUGGAUUGCUGGCAGUUCUAGCGAUUCCGAGUCCGAAGACGAGCGACGCUAUGGUUACUUUGAUACCUUGGAAAUCCCCGGAACAAUUAGUCGCAAAGUUGCGGAUCGAAGACCCUCCGACUAUCUUCUGUCGCUCGCCGAAUGUGAAACGACGGAGGAAUCGCGUGGAGAUACGGUGGGUCCGACGCAGGACUCUUCCAAGGGAACGAAUAAUCGGGGCAGCGAGGAAGAGAAUUCCAUCGUGAAUAUGACAGCGGCGAAACAGAUUCAGAACGAAAUCGCAAAUUCCAAUAGCAAUGUGGAGAAUAAAAGAUCAAGACGUUCCAGCCGCCGUUCGUCGAGAUCCGGCAUCGCGGACGGCAACGGAGAUUCGCAUGUGAUUAUCAGGAAUACGGAGAGCAACAACCUGGAGCCCUCGUCUUGCCUGCUGACGCCCAUCGUGACGAUCACGCCAGCGCCCGGCAAGUCGGGUACUUUGCAUCGAGUGGCUAGUAUCCGCAGCACCAGCAGCUACAUCAAUUCGCUCAAGCACAGGAUUAGCAACGGUUCUCUGUUUAGAUAUCGCGAGGAGACCCGAGCGGCCAGAAUCAGCGCGCUCGUGAUCGUAAUGGGUCUGAUUUGUUGGUCGCCGUACGUGCUGCUGAGCAUUUUCAAGAAUCUACCGCAGUACUCGGAUUACGAGUUCCCGCACAAGUACGACGUGCUGGCUUUGAGCUUCCUGAUUCUGGCCGCUUUCGCGAGCCCGUUGCUCUUCGGUUAUCGGUCCAGGCGGGUGAAGCGGGAACUACGCAAAUUCUUCUGCUUCCGUCGUGAGCUCUCGUAUAAGAACAAUCGCAGUCUGAUGGCAAAGAAAGUGCUGAAGCGCCGACACAGCAGCACGCUGAGCCACUUGGAGAUGGACCACCGAUACAACAUCUUUAAUUGCGUGUACGGAAGAAGCAAGUGGCCCAAGGAGAAGGUGCAGUUCGUGCAGGUGCCAGAUACCGCUCUUGCGGUGGAGACCUGCAGGAGUAGCUUCUCCAGCGGCGCCAGCACGCAGAUCUCCAGCACAUCCACGGAGGAGUGUUAAAUCGCGAUGGAUCUCGCAAAGUCGCGCGGAAUUUUGUGCGUUACGAUCAUGAGAGAAUUAGUCCCUUCAAAUAUUGAUGUAAUCAUGGGGAGAAACGAGUACGAAAAACAUGACGGGCAGCAUAAAUUGUUCCUGCACUUGUGCACGUGGCUUAAGUUUAUUAGUGGAUUGCGCCUUCGUGGAAUCGAGACAAUAAUGAUUGAGAAAUAAAUGACGCGCUGAAAACGGCAGUUUGUGUCAAUACGCGAGGCAGCUUGCUUUCGCAGUUCGUUGCAGUCCUUGGGUGUUCGAAAGGAAUACGCUUUUUAUUUUAGAAUUUCGCGGCGCAAAUGAGCAACGCGCGAAAGUGAUGCAAACGUUUCCCAUGCGCUGGUGGUUUUCCGUCCGCUUGCGUUCUGGACUCUCGGAAUGUGUAAAUCGAAUUAUCGCGUCGAAUGUUUCUCACAUGAUGACAAACUUUCUCGCUUGCUCGUAACCAAGUCUGAUUUUGCGGGAUAAGAAUCGCAAUCAGUCAUCGUGGGAGCCGCUUGUUUUGAGAACGUUGCGAGUUUAAAAAGCGGGACGUUGCUGCAAAAGCAAGCGAAUCAACGUAUUGGCACCACCUUGCGCAACAAUCAAAAUAAACGGCUCGUUGCAUCUGCGUUUCGGCGCACAAAUCGGUGCUCGGCGGUGUAUUAGUAUUAAGAGCAUUAUCGCGCUAAGUUGUCGGGUGUUAGCCAGCUCGAGGAGUAUUAGAGUUCGCCGAACCCGAAGAAGGAGGCUUUAGUCUUUACGCUUAUUUACGCACCGCGUCCACGUACUCCUUCCUACCUGCGUUUAUUGACGCACUUGAGAUCGCGGCGGCAUCAUCUGCGUGCAUACGUGUGCAGGUAGAUCAAUCGGUGCAAUGUGCACUUCCAAGCGGCUAUUUAUUCGCAGAUCGUCGUCUGCGAGUAUCAUCGCGCGACUACAUGUAGAUAUGUAUACAGCAUUUCAUGACAGAAUCCUCGUCAAGACGUUUCCGUUGUCAGGCCGAGGCUACAGUCACCCGAUUAUUAUUUUUGUACAUUACAAACAUAUAUAUAUAUAUACACACACACACAUAGAUUCGUUUAUUUAUAUUAAAUAAUCUGUACAUAGAGAGUAUGUGUGUGUAAGAUAGAGAGAGGGAGAGAAAGAAGAAAAACGGUGAAUCUCAUCACUGCUAACUUGUGUGUACUUGCUCGUGUUCUGUACGUAGAAUUUGAUCAGCAUGUUCGAGUGGUCCGUACGUAUAGUGUAAAAUACGUAUCAUUACCGUUUUGUAUUACCCGUCAAGAUGAACUCGACAGGCUGUCUGUAACAUGUGAUAACACCAAAACCAAUCGCCACUUAAUAUUAAUUUAUGUGACUUUAUAAAUAAAAAACUCUUUUGUAAAACAC